GCUUCCAGCCACCAAACCCCGCUCCAAAAUCCCCAAAAUCCCCUCUCUUCCUAAAGCUACUCGGAGCGGCAGCCAUGUCGGGGCGUGGCAAGGGCGGCAAGGGGCUCGGCAAGGGAGGCGCGAAGCGCCACCGCAAGGUCCUCCGCGACAACAUCCAGGGCAUCACCAAGCCGGCGAUCCGGAGGCUUGCCCGGAGGGGCGGCGUGAAGCGCAUCUCGGGGCUCAUCUACGAGGAGACCCGCGGCGUGCUCAAGAUCUUCCUCGAGAACGUCAUCCGCGACGCCGUCACCUACACCGAGCACGCCCGCCGCAAGACCGUCACCGCCAUGGACGUCGUCUACGCGCUCAAGCGCCAGGGCCGCACCCUGUACGGCUUCGGCGGCUGAAGAGUCGCGGCGCUGUCUGGCCGGCCGUGGCGCACAAGCCCUGGCUCGCGGUCAAGAAAGUGGAGGAGAGGAGAAAGCUGUAGUUGAUUUGGGUUCCAUGCCUUCUAUGAUUAGUAGUAAUAUCUGUAGUAGCAGUAGCUGGUUGUUCAAUGGUUGCUUCAGUGUUCUGAAUUUCUGAUGGGCAAACACUGUGUUUGCCGAGUAAUAUGAAUCCAGAGUUAUCAAAAAUUGUCCUAAAACUAUGAAUUAUUGUUAA